UCCGGGCUCGAGAUUGACCUGAAAAUCGCCGGUUCUUCACACAGCAACGCACAGAGGUUACGGCCAUGGAGGGUCUUGCUACAUUUCACCACCGUCCUCUUCCUUCUCAACAACAUCUAUCCUUCAGCCGCCGUCUUCCGUCGUUCUCCUAUCCCUCUUCUUCUCUCUUCUUCCUGUCUCCUCCGCCGUCUCGGCUUCGUUCUCCUUUGUCUUUCAGGUCAUUGUCUGUUAAAGCCUCGUCGUCUCCGUCGACCUCCGACGAAACCUCUCGAAACGCCAAGCCUUCAAUUUCAGAGACUACGAAUGACGGUCUUCUCUCUGGAUUUCUCAGAACCGCUUGCAUCUCCGUCGCCGCUGCUGCAUUCUUCUUCCUUCGCUUCGACCAUCGGCGCGCUGUUGUCGUUGCUGCUCCCGUUGCGCCGGAAAUGACGGAGUCUAUUGAAGAAUCGAAUCCAUAUGAGGAAAAUGAGAGCGUUGUGGAAGAGCAACCGAUGGAUAAUUCGAAUGAUGUUGAAGCUCUUCGAUCCCUCGUUGAGGAGAAUGUAAAAUCAGGUAAAUUGCCUGAAGCAAUUGAAGCCCUAAACCGUUUGAUUGAAAUUGAGCCCAAUGAACUUGAGUUGCCGUUGCUGAGAGCCAAUUUCCAUAGCUAUAUGGGGGAGCUCGAAUUGGCGAAAAGUGAAUUCGAGGAGAUUUUAAUGGAAGACCCAUUACGUGUUGAGGCCUAUCAUGGCCUUGCACUGGUUUCGGAGCAAUUGAAUGACAAUUCAUUGAAGGGCGUUGCUAAAAGGAUCGAACAGGCAAUGGAGAAAUGUAAGAAGCAGAAUAAGAAAUCAGAUAUCAGGGAUUUCAAGCUCUUGAUAGCACAAAUUAAGGUAAUGGAAGGGAGUUAUUUUGAUGCGUUGAAAGCUUAUCAAGAACUUGUGAGGGAAGAGCCAAGGGAUUUUAGGCCAUAUCUGUGUCAGGGGAUCAUAUACUCUCUGUUAAGGAAGAAUGAGGAGGCUGAGAAACAAUUUGAGAAAUUCAGGAGACUUGUUCCAAAGAAUCAUCCUUACAGAGAGUACUUUGAUGAAAACGUGUUUGCAACGAAGCUUUUUGGUCAGAAAUUAGAGAAGGAAGGAGCUGGUUUGAAGAGCUGAGAUGAGUGCUGGUCUGCUGCUUCUGCGUGGCUCACUGGAGGAA